UGUCACCCCAUUGUUGGAGUUGCGCCUGGAGAAGCGAGCCGACGAGUAUUGAGCAGUUCGGCGGAAAAAAGCUGUCAAUUCUACACUGGACUGGGUGUAUAGUGAGGACAGCGAUGAGUAAGAGAAAGGCGCCGCAGGAAACGUUAAACGAAGGAAUUACAGACUUCCUAAUCGAGUUGGCCAACUAUGAGAAAAACGUGAACAGGGCCAUUCAUAAGUACAACGCUUACAGGAAAGCAGCUUCUGUUAUUGCCAAGUACCCAGAGAAAAUCAAAAGUGGCGCCGAAGCCAAGAAAUUGGAUGGAGUCGGAGCAAAAAUAGCUGAAAAAAUUGACGAGUACUUGGCCACAGGAAAGCUAAGAAAGUUGGAAAAGAUCCGGAGCGAUGACACCAGCAGCUCCAUCAGCUUACUUACCAGGGUUACAGGCAUAGGACCAGCCGCUGCUCGCAAAUUUGUGGAAGAGGGUGUGAAAACUCUGGAUGAUUUAAGGAAGGUUGAACACAAACUCAAUCACCACCAGAAGAUUGGACUCAAGUACUUUGAGGACUUUGAAAAGAGAAUUCCACGUGUUGAAAUGGAGAAGAUGGAGGCUCUAAUUCAUGGGGAAUUGAAGCUGCUGGACUCUGAAUACAUUGGGACCAUCUGUGGAAGCUACCGGCGAGGAGCUGCGUCCAGCGGGGAUAUUGACAUCCUGUUAACUCACCCAAGCUUCACCUCCCAGUCUGAGAAACAGCCCAGACUCUUGCAUGCCGUAGUGGAUCACCUGGAGUCAGUCGGCUUCAUCACCGAUACUCUGUCAAAAGGAGACACCAAGUUCAUGGGUGUGUGUCAGCUGGAUCGUGGUGAGGAAGAGGAGGAAUAUCCUCACCGCCGCAUUGACAUCAGGUUAAUUCCCAAGGAUCAGUACUACUGUGGUGUGCUCUACUUCACUGGGAGUGACAUCUUUAACAAGAACAUGAGAACUCACGCUUUGGAGAAGGGCUUCACUCUUAAUGAAUACACUAUCCGUCCGCUAGGAGUCACUGGUGUAGCGGGAGAGCCGCUCCUCGUGGACAGUGAGAAGGACAUCUUCGACUACAUCCAGUGGAAAUACAGAGAACCCAAGGAUCGCAGCGAGUAACAGUGGAAUGGAGAUGAGGAGGAGGGAGGCGGUCUCAGGGAGAUGCUUUCGUGUGCCCCUUUCAUGUUGUUUUAGCUUAUUAUUACUGGAAUCAGUGUCGUAGGCAUUGACAAAUGGUCAAAGAGAUGUGCUAAAAUGGUCUUUUUUGCUUUUCUGGUGUGUGUGUGUGUGUGUGUGUGUGUGUGUGUGUGUGUGUUUUACUUUAGGAUUAGGUCUAAAUCGUGUAGCACUGAGAGCGUUGGGGUGGGAAGAACAGGAAAAAUAAGAAACCUCAUACAAAGUUGGAUUUUAGUCACUUGUUUGUUUUUAUUGCCUUCAUGGAUAUUGAAGGAAAUAUAUUUAUGGUCUAAUUUAUGCAGCAUUAUUGAACAUAAUUUGUCAUUUAGGAUUAUAGUGUGUUUUGGGAAUUUCACAUUGGAUUUCUGUAUCUGUGACUCGAUUUGAGCCAAUUAAGAAACAGAAUACACCCGUCCCUCACAUAAUGGGGUCGCGCUCUAUGAAUUACAUGUUGAUGAGGGACUCGAUAUGGGGAAGGUCUGGGAAGCUGAUUCUGUCAUGGAGAAGCACUCUAGUCUAAUGCUCAGGUUCCCAUGUUUUCCAACUGCCAGGGAAGGUUCAACAAAUGACCAUGAGGACCUGGCCCCUCCUCACUCCACAGCCAAAUACUGCUGCAGCUGCUUCUGUCUGGUCUUCCAGCUCCUGCCAUCAGCCCUCUCUAGCUGAUACAGAAAAGUGCGGUAUGAGUUGUUUGAGCUGAGAGAGUGUUCCUAUGCACCUCCCUCCCCUCUCCUUUGGCUUCCUCUAGCUGUCUUAAUAAGUUCCAAGACUGGUUACAGCCUUUGAAACCAUCAGCGGAUCUGUUCUGAUCACUUGUGCUUCUCCACCUCUGCCCCCUUGGUGUUCCCAUGCACAAGUACAAAAUCAAAAACUCACCCAAGCAUCGUGGUUCAGCUGUGGCAUAAUGAUCGCCCUGUCUCACUCGGAACUGCUGAAUCCCUCUCAGCAUUGAAGAAGGGUCUCGAAGCACAUGUUUCAGACCCACUUUUCUCUUGAUCUCCUGUCUCUAUUAUGAACUUUGCAUUAUCUGUGUAAAAAUACUCUGAAUUCUCAGUGCAGAUUUGAGUGAAAAUGAAUGUGGGGCUAAGUGACUGCUCUUGGAGAAUCACGUGUCUGCAUCUCUGUCUGUUGGCAAAAGGCACUUCUGUUUACUCUUACUUUGCUGUGGAGAAAAGAACCUGCUAAAUGGACAAAUGUAAAGAACACCCUUAACACUAGCAUAAAUAAAGCUUUGAUGUCAAAAUGAAAUGAGGCUCAUCUAGCGCGAGACCUUCGUAGUGCUAGGGCGCAGCUGGAAGAGCCUGCUGUUCAUGUGAAUCACAAGGUGCCAAAGACGAUGUUCUUAGUGACGACACUUCUGUGAAUCAUCAACGUCUCUCAAAGUUCUAGGGAGGUGGAGCUCGCCCUCCCCAGCCCACUGCCACCUUGCAAUGGGCAAGGGCUCAUUCGUUGUGAAUGGAAGUGUGACGUUAAAUAGCAAGGCAUAAUAAUGUUACAAAUUGUUGACACCACUCAUGCAUACAAAUACCUCUGUUUAAAUUUAGAAGACAUUUUUCUUCCGGGAACCAAUUAUUUCUCCCGAACAAAUGCAGACGUUAAUUGUAUCCCCUCCCGGGGGCAUGAACCUAAUGGGCCCGUUUCCCGGACCACUCCCCCCUCCCCCCCCCUUUUCAAA